UCAUACGCGAUGCCCGUCCUGAUCAUACUCGCUAUUCAUGGUAGCCCCGACCGACGGCUCACCUUGCUAGAGAUCUACAGUGCGUUCGAGGAUAGGUUCGAGUGGUACCGCCAGAACACGCAAAAACUUCAAUGGAAAAACAGUAUCCGCCACAAUCUAUCGCUGUACAGGUGCUUUCGGAGGAUGUCCAAGCCGGUCGGCGACCCACGAAAAGGCAGCUUCUGGGUUGUCGAC